CACACACACACGCAGGCGUGCCCGCACUCCCCGCAGACGGCGAGCAGCGGCACCGCAUCGGGGGCUGCGUGCGGGGAGCUCCGUAGGGCGCUGAAUAAAACAGGCUGGAGCAUCAGGCGAGGGGAUCUGUUCGCUUGGAAAAGUCUUUAAGGAAUCGAUCGGGAGAUGCCGGCAAAAGAAGUUGUUGAGAGCCGGGCUGGAAGGGCCGGGAAGCUGCGCGCCGCCGGCUCCGUCACACGCCGGGAGCAGCUGAACUUUGUGGGGUUUGAAUAUAUGUUUCUGUUCUGAGAACGCUUCGGGCAGCGUUAACGGGAGAGUCACAGCGCGGCACCGCACACCUCGCUCCUGACCGAGCCUGGGGAACAGCAAAGGGGGGAUUUCUGUCUCUCCAAGGACCAUCGCCUGUGAAGAAGAAAAAGAAAAAAGAAAAAAAAAAAAAAGGCUGGAGAAGGGCAAUUUAUCUUUCUUUUCCAGAUGACUGAAAAUACCUACAGGAUCCUGUCUCUCCGGUUUUCAUCAGUGGGUAGCAUCAGGGAGAGACGGCUGAGGAACAAAAAUGAUAUCAGUCAAAAUCAUUCCAGCAUCUACUUUUUCCUAAGGAACUUCAUGCCCAUAGGGGUUUUCUACGGGCAUUUCCAGGAGUGAGACCGAGGUACCACAGAUGCAUCCCUACCGGAUCAUGUAAGAAUUUUCAAAUGAGAAACAUACCCCGUCAAGACCUUCUCUGCCCGGUUUGCAGUACAUGGUUUGGUGUAAGUACAGCAACUCUCGCCUCUUUCUCUCCUUUUUAAGUCUCUUGAGCUUGGAGAUCUCUUUCCUCAUUGCAAUUAUGAUUAUUUGCAACAUCAGUGCCAUCAAAGAUUGGAGCACUUUCCUCUCCCAGAUCCUCCCCAGCGUUAACAAGACUCUGAACUUGGUACAGCAAGUGGAAGCCACCACCAGCUCGGUGGUAAGUGUCCUCCAGGACCCUGAGCAGGACAACUACCUGUCCAACAGCCAGUCCAUGAACUCCAGCAACUUCACAGCUGGCCUGGACCACUUGUUCCAGUACUCAUACUCGGACAAUGACCAGCUCUACAAGGAGUACAAACCCCCUCCACGAGAUGCCAUUCCUCUGCCCAAGGCUGUCCUCUACCUCCUCAUGGCAGCCCUGGUGGUGGUGGCAGUGGCGUACGCCAUCGUCGGGCAUCUCAUCAAAGACCUCAUUUACGACUUUGUAGACUGGAUCUUUGGCCCCAACCCGGAUGACAACAGCAACAAGAGCGACAUCAACUGCAUCAGCAACAGCGUCAACGAGAUGAGCGAGAUGCCCGAGGCGCCGCGGCACCGGGACCGGCAGUCCCAGGACGUGGUCAUUGCCAUCGGCGAGACUUGCCACUUGCCACAGCAGACGUGACCGGUGCCGUGUCUGGGCCAGGCGGGAUGGAGCAGCAGGAUGGAGCAGCAGGAAUGGAGCAGAGGGAUGGAGCAGAGGGACGCAGCAGUGGAACAGUGCAGCAGCCACCUUGCAGGACCGGGCAGUGAGAGGAAGGGAUGGGCAGAGCCGGCGCUGCGGAGCAAAGCCCUUCUCCCCCUGGCUUUGCCUCUUAAGGACCUUGCUGGGGGUGGGGGGGUGGCAUUGCCCCUUCUCCCAGGCUUGUCAGCCCUGUCCUGACAUCUGCCCGUGGGUUUUGUGACCCCUUCUUUGUUCCCUGUGAAUAGCAAAAAAGAAAAAGCAGAUGCAAAAUACACCCACCAAGCAAAGCUUGCAAGAGAAA